GUAUAAAAAGCAUUCUUAAUUAGAUUCAAUUUUUACUAGUCUUUUUGCGGCAACCACAAAGGUGUUUUAGAGCAAGUUAUACGUAAACACACAUCCUCCAACGGCGUACCAUGUGGCUUUUUUGAUCACCCAUUGAGACAGAGACCUUGGCAACGCUAUGGUAGCCAAUUAAUUAAGUCGACCAGUGCCCGUAAUGUAAUUAUGACCAAUUGAAUUUGAAAAUCAAAACGACUACACGUCAAGUAAGUCAAAGCGACUAAGUUAUAACAGAUUUAGCGGAAAAUCAAAUCGACAUUCAUGCAAACCGCUAAUGCACGGUUAAUAUUUACGCUGCAACGACGCGCACAAUUGCUUAAAUAUGUAUUAAGUAUUUUUGGGGCUGGGCUUUAUACAAGUACAACAUCAUUCGCUCAUUAAUUUCUGCUGAUUCGCAGGCGUUCAGUUCCAAGUGGACUUUUGUGUUGCUAAUAGUACUUGUUGCGUGGCCUGCAGUCACUUUGGAAAAGCAAACUAAUUAGAGAGUUAUGAUAAUUAUUUUAACCGUCUAAUUACCACCACCGCCACCCAUGGAUUUUGAUGAAGUACUUAAAGAGGUCGGAUCCUUUGGUUUGUACCAGAAAAUUAUAAUCUGCUCUGUACUGCUGCCUGCCGCGUUGCCUUGUGCCUUCCAUGCUUACAGUCAAUUAUUUAUAGCAGCGACGCCGAAACACUGGUGCCGCGUACCCGAACUAGAGCCAUGGGCGCAGGACUAUGGAGUGUUGGUGAAAAAUCUAAGCAUACCUUUGAGCGCAUUGAAUAACAGUGUGGAAUAUGCGAGCUGUGCGAUGUACAAUCGUAACUACUCGGAUAUUGUACGCUAUAUGGAGUACCGUACACCGCUGGAGUUGCAAGAGGAUAAAGUGUGGCAAAUAGGCAAUCCUGGGGGAGCGCAGGUGCUAACAUGUCAACACGGCUGGUAUUAUGAUCGCACUAUGUACGCCAGCACAGUUGUCACUGAGUGGAACCUGGUUUGCGAUCAGAGUUUUUUGGUCACGCUUGCUUUAGUGCUCUUUGGUGUUGGUGGUUUGAUCGGUAACUAUGUGUUCGGCUAUUUGCAAGACAUCUGGGGUCGUCGUCCAUCCUUUUAUGUUUAUCUCAUCAUUGAAAUUGUCGCCUGUGCAGCGAGCGCUUUUGCGUGGAACUACUACUCAUGGUUGGGUAUGCGUUUCGUGGUGGGUUUGACUGUACCGGCUAUACUAGCGAGUCCAUAUGUUUUGGCCAUUGAGCUGGUUGGUCCCGACAGACGCGUCUUCUGUACUAUUGUCUCGAACAUUGCUUACUCAUGUGGUCUGGUGCUAUUGGCGGGCAUAGUUUAUCUCAUACGGGAUUGGCGCUUUCUCACGCUAACGGUAUCACUUCCUCUACUCUUGCUUUUUUCGUGCUAUUUUGUAUUACCAGAGUCACCACGCUGGCUCAUCGCUGUGGGUAAGACACGUCAGGCUGCUCGCAUUUUGAAAACCAUUGCACGCGUCAACGGUUAUAAUAUUCCACCGGAUUUUGUAAAAAUCGUACAACAGAAAUUGGAACAAACUGUGGCGGCGGUGGGUAAGGAUCCAGACACAUCGUAUGGUAUCCUGGACCUAUUUAGAACCACGAAUAUGCGUCGCAAAACUUUGAUAAUAACACUAAUCUGGUUUGCAAAUACAAGCGUCUAUGUCGGCUUAAGCUAUUAUGCGCCAGCAUUGGGUGGCGAUGAAAUAUGGAACUUCUUCUUAGCUGGCGUUGUGGAGCUACCUACGUACAUAAUGCUGUGGCCAGGCUUAAGCUACUUCGGACGCCGUUGGAUACUUUGUAUUUCUAUGUUGGUCGGUGGUGCGGCCUGUGUCCUGACUUUGUUAUACGAUGACCAACCCAAGAUAAUGCUCUUACUCUAUUGCGUUGGUAAAAUGGGUAUUUCCUCGGCUUUUGUAGUAUUACCAUUGCUCGCCUCUGAGUUGUAUCCAACAGUUGUGCGUGGUUUGGGUAUGAGCUUCAGUUCGGUUGUUGCGAUGAUCGGACCAAUUGUCAUACCAAUUAUUAAUCAUAUGGGUCAACGUAUGCUUGUUCUGCCACUAAUCAUUAUGGGCAUUUUAUUAAUAAUUGGUGGAUUUGCUAGUCUUUUCCUGCCAGAAACGCGUGGUAGGAAUUUACCACAAACCAUUGAAGAGGGUGAAGCAGUACCGUUAAAUUUUUUCAACUGUUGUUACUGCUGUUGUUGCAGCAAAACUCCACGCAGUCCAGAUCUGAAUAACUCAGCUCUGGUUGCGAAAUACAAGCGCCAACGUGAACGAGAACAACUGGGACGUGGUCGACGGCAGCCCAUAACAGUUUGCAGUAUUUGUAAGAAUGAAAUUAAAGAAACGUGACAGUCUAAACACGUUUUCCAAUUGUAUGAGUAGAAUUGUUAGUAUCUUAUUAUUAGUGUCUAUUGUAUAUCUGUCCAGGACGAAAGGACUAAAGUUUUAAGAGAAGAAAUA